AUGCCACGUCGAACCCAUAAAAAGUCGCGAAACGGUUGCGUCGAAUGCAAGCGACGCCACGUGAAGUGCGAUGAAAAGCGUCCAAAUUGCUCGAACUGUAUCACAUCUGAGCGACACUGCGAGUAUGCAGGUCUGAAGCUCAUCUCUUCCAGACCCCUUAGAGCCUCUCGCUCAAGCAGCCGGGUGUCGACAUCCCCAUCGACGGCGGUAGCUACCCAGAUCCCGCUAGAGGUGUCGAAUGAAAUCAGUAUAGACAGCCCUCCUGUGAACAUGCUGCAUUUCGAGCUUCUCCAUCAUUUUACCACCGAAACUUCCAAAGUAAUGGGCACCGGUGACAUCCAACUAACUCUUGCUGACGCCCUGAAGUAUGGCCUGUCGGCGCCAUAUCUUAUGAACCAAUUCCUGGCGCUGUCUGCCUUGCAUCUCAGCCUUGUACGUCCUGCACAGCAAAAGCACUAUCGGCAUUCAGCGUCCCAGCUCCAGACACAUGCUCUCUCAAUCUACAAUACCAAUAGGCCCGAAAUCAAUCAGGAAACGUGCGUUGCCACGCUCCUCUUCUCUUCGAUGAUAGGGAUUCACACACUUUGCGACAGUCUCAACUACCGGGAGUCAGACUUUAUGUCUUUCCUCGAUAGAUUUGUCGACUGUCUCCACCUGCAUCAAGGUGUGCGCGCAGUGGCAAAGAGCUCAUGGACAACACUGCGUGAGUCUGACCUGGAGCCGGUGCUGGCGGCCGGGGAGGCUCUACCAAAACUAGGUGCAACCCUAACGCCGGAGUUUAUGAACCUUCUGAAGCUUAUACGUGCGGCGAAGGUAGGUGACAUGCUAACCAACACUUACCAGCAAGCGAUUGAGGCGCUGCAGUCGGUUAGCAGCGCUAUAACAUCAGACCACAAUGGCGACUAUACAAGAAAUUAUAUUGUCUCGUGGCUGACUCUCAUUCCCUCCGAAUACAUCGAUUCAUUGACGUUGAAACGGCCAGAGGCUGUUGUUAUCCUAGCGCACUAUGCUGCCCUUCUACACCAGCAACGUAGCUCAUGGGUAUUUGGGGAUUCGGGGAGAUUUAUCAUCCAGACUAUCGAUGCAUAUCUUGGUCCACCUUGGACGGAUUGGCUGGUUUGGCCGAAGCGAGUACUUGAUGAGACUCCGCCGACUCCAGAAUCCACCUCGAUGGAACAAUGA